CCUUGCUUCUCCCUCCCUUCCUCCCCUCCGCCCUCGUCUCCCCGGCCUCCCUCCUUGUCCGCGGCCCCUCGCGGCGCCCGAGAGCCGUGGCGCAGCUGGGCCCCGCGAUCGCGCCGCUCGCCCCCCUCCGCGCAGAGGCCGCGCAUGGCGGGGCAGUCCGGGCCGCAGGGAGCGGUCUGGAGAUUCGGCGUCCCUCUGGGGCCGAGAGAGCGAUGGAAAGCGAUAGAGAGGCGAGGCCGAGUCUCCCGGCGGGCGCGCGCGGCCGCCCCCGCCGCUGCCGUGGCGCGGCGGCGGCCUGCUGGGCAGCGCCCUGGCUGGGACGGUUCGCGGCCGCCGCGGCCGGGGACCGCCCUGACGGCCCGUCGCUCCUCGACCGCGAGGACGGCGCGAGCAGCGAGUCCUUUUGGGACCGCACCUACCAGGUCCACGGCGAGCAUGGCCGUGAGGCCUACGAGUGGUACGCCAUCGGCUUCCCAGAGCUCAAGGGCCUGCUCACAGCCAAGCUGCCCCCCAGCGGCGACCUGCUAGUGGUCGGCGCGGGCGACUCGGAGCUGAGCGCGCAGCUGGCGGAGGCCCCCUCUCGGGGCGCCCAGACCCGCACGGAUCGAUUUAGUUCGAGAGUUUCUGAACAAGGAUCGGCCGUUCACCAAGCUCGGUAUGGGUACCUGUUGGGUUCCUAAAGUGUUUGCUCAGCCUAAGCGGGGAUCGAUGCUGGUGUCGCUGCCAUCGUUCUGUUUCGCUGGGUUGGGAGGCUGCCGUCUGUCCAGAGGCAGGUGCAGUCAGUUUUAGAAAGCAGUUGCCGUUGGGCAUCGUCCCCACCUGCGGCAGGUCCUUGCCCCGACGACGCAGCGGCGACGCCUGCGUGGCCAUCCAAGGUUGAAUGCCACUGACGGCCUG